AUGUAUGGCGUAAAAAACGGUGGGUUCCGCUUUGCCUCCUAUUAUGGCGAUCACAUGGUUCUGCAGAAGGCCCCAGAGAGGGCUGUGUUGUGGGGCUAUGGACCCGAUGAUGCUGAGGUCACAGUCUUUCUAUCAGGAGGACCAGUCACUAACAAUGCACCUGCUGUCAGUGUGGCUGCCGGGAUAUGGAAGGUGGCCCUUGUCCCAAUGGAAGCUGGCGGUCCCUACAACUUGACUGCGGUCCUCCAGAACAACCACAGUAUCACUAUCACAGAUGUGCUGUUUGGGGAUGUCUGGCUGUGUGGGGGACAGAGCAACAUGGCUUUCACAACUUCUCAGGUGUUCAAUGCAUCAGAGGAGCUAGCUCUGGUCUCCAAGUUCCCUCAGGUGCGGAUCUUUAUGGCUGCCUUGGAGCAGAGCUACACUGAGCUGACUGACAUGGCUGGAGUGGAGGUGCCCUGGUCUGUCCCCACAGCAAAGUUGCUGGGUGGUGGGGAUUUCAAGCACUACUCUGCAGUGUGCUGGAUGUUUGGGCGCCACUUGUACAACGUGCUGAAGUACCCCAUCGGCCUAGUGACGUCCUGCUGGGGAGGCACACCUGUAGAGGCAUGGUCCUCCCCACGAGCACUCCAACACUGUGACCUGGAUAGGAUUAACGGUAGGAAUCUUGACAAUGUAUCACUCCAGGAUGUUAUCCACUGUUGCUUACGCUGUUAUGUUGAUUUUGUCUAUAUUUGUCCUGAGGUCUCUACGUAUAGAAAGGCCUCCUUAAGUGAGGGAUUUCCAAACAUACGCUGGCACCAGACUGCAGACUAUGGCUUUGCUCCCAACCUGCGUAUGAAGAACACAUUCAUGGCUGUUGCUAUGGACUUAGGAGACGAAAUGUCUCCUUUUGGCAGUAUCCAUCCCCGGGACAAGCAGGACGUGGCCUAUAGAUUGUCUCUAGGGGCGAGAGCUGUGGCUUAUGGGGAGGAGGGUGUCUCAUUCCAGGGGCCUUUCCCUAGCCGGGUCCUGGUCAAUGACCAGUAUAUCAACGUAACCUAUGACCAGAGAGUGUCUGUCACUCAAUCCAAAGAUAUCUUUCAGAUUUGCUGCUCAGUGGUGAGGGCACCCUGUGACUCUCUGUCACUGUGGGUCCCAGCUCCCAUACUGCAGUGGGGCCUUAGCGCCGUCCAAGUGUCCACGAAUUACUGUUCCAUGAAUAAUGUAGCCGGCCUGCGCUACGCAUGGAGGGACUGGCCUUGUGACUUUAAGGCAUGUCCUGUUUACAGUGCUGAUGGGGUUCUACCUGCACCUCCCUUCACUCUCAUCCGCUGGCCAGACAAGCAGUGAGAUGAGAACCCCCCUCUGCUAGAAAUGGAUUAGUCAACCCAAAUGGGUGGGAAAUUUGUUUUUGAAUGAUACCAUAUGAGAAAUGAUU